AUGGCCACGUCCUCGCAAGUUCGCCAAACCUUGACGCGCGAGCACUCGACCCUCCGCUUCCGAAUCGAGUACGGCAACUACCUGUCCAACCACCUGCUGCACGCGGUCGUGGCGCUGCAUGAGCUUGGCGCGAGUGAGCAGAAGAUUGCGGAGUACGCCGCGCACUACACUCAAAAACUCGAAGCCGAGGGCCCUGACCACGAAGACGUCGUUGAGCACGUUGCAACGCUCGUUGUCCUUUCCGAUGAAGAAGCUCAAGCGUUGCUGGGUAAACGCCAGCAGUACGACGCUCUACUUGCUUACUAUGCUCAGGAUGUCAAGCAACUCGGAGUUGAUGGAGCAGUGUGCAAGCAUCUGCCUAACCUCUUCAGCGGCUUGGCCGGCGCUCUGCUGCACGGUAUCAUCCAGCUAGGCUAUGCGUACCACAUCGGCGGUGACCGUCCUGUUGCUGAAGGACUCGCCUACCAGCACCACUGUUACUUGCCAUUUGACGAGCCGGAGAUGCCGCAGAGUAAUGAGCCACUGCGCCAAUUCACCCGCCAAACGGUAUUCGAAGUCGCUGACGCAGUCGCCAGCAACGAGUUCUUACGGUCCGAACAGGACCGACUCGUGGCGAUCUCACCGGUCAAGGACCUCGACAUCGGCUGGGUCCAGCGCGGUGUCAACGUAUUCUCGGGGCACCCGGAACGCAGCAGUCCUAAGGCUUUUGCUCUCAUCUGGACUCAGGUCAAUGCGUUUGACUUCUCGAACUUCGAUGGCAGCCACGCGCUCGAUAUGGUCAUGUGGUUGUAUGUCAUGCUCAAGCACAACGACUUUAUUAUCCUCCACGCCGCCACGUCGGCCUGGUCGCUCCAGCAACUGGAACACCUGCUGUCACCGUCCGAUAAGGCGAAAGCUUGGCGAGUGUGGUUACACGUAGCGCUGUCGGCGCUGGUGACCUCUCAGUCCCGUGACUUCCGUGAGGAAGAUAUCUGCAGUCCAUCCGACGACCUCGAAGCUCGCCUCGCUGCGCUCCCGUCCUGGCCGCAGCUGCGUGAGAAGGCCCUUGCUCUGCCUGGUUUCCCUGACGAACACGUCUACAAGAUGGUGCAAGUGGCCGAAGAACACGGCAACGCGAAGUACAACAACGUCAACCCCUUCCUAUCGACCACUGAACGCGAUUUUGUAGCUCGCACCGCCGCUAUCACCGUCAUCACGACGCCGUUCAAGCCGCUCACGCAUCCGCCCAAGUAA